GAUCAAUGCAGCAAUGGGUUAGUGGUGUUGAGUUUGUGUCAUCGCAAGUUUUAGGAUAUGAGUCAUCAAAGAUCAUAGGUAACUAUGACGGAGGUGGAUGGCAUCCGCAGUCGCCUCUAAAGAUGCAAUAUGUAGAGGUUAUGUUCGACAAAAAAGUGCAUGUGACAAGAGUUGACAUCUAUGAAACGUCCGGUGCAGGAAGCGAGAAGGCCAUUAAGUGCAACGUUGGCGGACAUUGGACAACUCUUUGGAGCACAACCCCAGUCAGCUCCUCUCCUCAUGGACAAAUAUUUUCUCCAAAUCUGACGGCUUCAUGCUUUUCGAAUCACAUCAUGGUCGAAUUUCACUUAAUUCAACAUGACGUGAAAGUCGACGCUAUUCGAUUGCAUGAAGACAAACCGCCUAUAUCAAUCCAAUUUGGACUCACGCAAGAGCUAUACCAAGCACAGGAAAUUAUGAACAGAUCUAGCCUAGCCACAUUGCGACCCGCUGACAAGGGGCCGUACAGAUAUAUACGGAUUCAGGGAAGCCCACAACAAGAACCCCUGAAACUCUGCAAUCUCCAAAUAAAGGGAUACCUCUCCCCCAGGAAACCACUCUUCAAGCUUGUCAAGUUCAUAACAAUGUCGAUUCCUCGGAUCGGUACAGUCUCUAAUAUCCCAAGUGUCAUGAGAUGCGGAAGCAUCUGUACUCGUCAGACCGCACCGCCAUGCGUGACCGCCCAGUUCGAUCCGGAAAGGCACAGCUGCGCUAUGUUCGGAGGAUUUGAACACCAAAAAGACAACGACGACAGAAACGAGACGAUUGUUUUCCAAUGUGCAGCUCACUUGUUUACAAACUAAAAAAGUAUUGUUAUAUCUCUAUUUACAAAUGUCCUAUGGAGAAUAUACUACUUUCGACCUUAAAUUUUUAAUUUUAAGCAUUAUCAUGAAGAAAGGGGACAUUGUUAUCCGCCCCAUGAGUAGCUGAUUUCAGAGCAAUUAGGUAAUUUCUGGAAAGCAAUACGCUUUUUGACACUGUAUACCUUUUAAAUUGAUACACACACUCAUCGGGAAAUGAAAUUUGUUCUAAAAAAGAGGGUUUAAUGAAUGUGCGUUUUAUAUGGUUCUACGAUACUCUGUGCAGUUCGCACAGACUAAUCAAGGACGAUACGUUCCUCUUCUAUGGAAUUGUUCGAUAAAUAGAAGUCUCUUCUUUCAGAACAUUUUGUCUAGGCGGAAAGUGUCGUCUCUGAUUAACUUGUAUGGAUUCUACAGGCUUAUAUGGAUCGACACUAAACGCACAUGCAUAAGCACGGUUUUCACAAAGACAGACUCAAAUGGUUUUCUUCGAGUAUAUUUUUUAUGGUUGACAGAAUUUGUAUUUUUGUAUACAUAUUAUUCAGCUUUCUCCUUUCGACUAAUCAGAGAAAGGAACAAGUGUCGGAUAUAUCUUACACGCUUUCAGCAAGUCCUUGGUACAUAUAACCCACGAUUUCCUUGUUCGAAAAUAGCGAAGUAUAGACUAAAUAAAUCAGUUUUAUGUUUAUUUAACUAGUUUACUAUUUCAGAUGAAUUCGAUGUUUUUGUAAUAUAUUAUUAAUUCUAUCAUU